AUGUUGAAUGAGGAGAAUGAGGCUGAUGCCAUCACGGCAUCUAUCAUUGAUGAUGAUGAUGAAGAAGAAAUAUUUGAGAUCAACCAUGACAAACCUGUCUUACCUUCUGUCAGAAAAAAACAGAGUUGGAGAAAUUACAAUUGGUGUGGAAAGUUCCUCAAAACCUUAGGUUUAUCAGCUGCCUUUUUAGCCUUGGGUCUUUGUCUGGCCGUGCCCGGCCCCACACUGCUUGACCUGAAGGAAAGAGUUGGUACCACCAUAGAACGUAUUUCCUAUAUAUUCACUGCUCGUUCUUUAGGUUAUUUAUUUGGUUCCAUCCUUGGAGGCUUUCUCUUUGACCAUUUUGAUCAGCAGUUGCAGUUGUCAUACACUUUGCUUUUGACAUCCAUAGCCACUAUAGCAGUUCCAUGGUGCACAUCACUAAUUGUACUUGCUGUUAUGAUCUCCUUUCAAGGCAUAGCAAUGGGAGUCCUUGACACAGGUGGGAAUGUUUUCUGUAUCCGAAUCUGGAGUCAUCAAAGUGGUCCAUAUUUGCAGGCAAUGCACUUUACUUUUGGCAUUGCUACAGGACGAGGUCUGUCAAUAUUUCUUGCCAGGUGUUUGCUUCCUUCUUGGAUGCUAAUUGCCAACAUCCUUCUUGUCCUCCUAGCCAGUCUUAUUCUUUCCAUUGGCCUCAAUGAAUACCAAGAUUUACUAUGGCCUGGAACACUCCUUUUCGGUCUUGGCCUCUCUUCCAUCUUUCCAACAGGAAUGUCUUGGGCUGAACAUUACAUGACUGUGACUGGCAAGGCUACUGCUGUCUUGAUCAUGGGCUCAGCUCUUGGAGAAAUGGUACGGUCCCUUCUUUCCAGCACUGUUAGAGGACCUCGUGCAAUGGGAGCAGUAGGGCAGUCUUGCAGUACCCGAUCCGGUCAGGGGGGAUCCCGUCACUGUCAUGGGCCUUCCCUGAGGCCAAGCUGUCAAUGGCCUUGCGAAGCUCCUCUAUGGUCGGUUCGAUAUCGUGGUCCUCCAGGACCAGUAGGCGCUCAAUGGCUGCAGUCGUCGCAACAUUCUGCCUUGAGUAGAGGUGGGAAAAGUGUUCCACCCAUCUCUCCAUCUGUUGCCCCUUGUAUACGAGGUGGUGGAUUUGAGGAGAGCUGUUUUGUUCUGCACUGGUCCCAUUGCCGUCUUGAUGCCAUCGUACCCCCCUCUUAUGUUCCCUGUCUUUCUCCCAAAGGUGACCAAGGCAGUGCGGUGCAUGGUGUCCCGCAAAGUCGCCCACUUAUCCGUAGCAGAGUCUCCGGUCCGCGAGGUUGCCCGCUCGUUCACAAACAGCUUGACAAACUGUUGCACAAGGUCUAUCUGGCUCAUCUUGCUGACAUCAAUGCGAGGAUUCCCCUGCUUCUUGUCGCGUUGGAACCUCUUGGGCUAGAGCCAGAUCUUGCAGCACACCAAGGAAUGGUCUGUAUUGCAGUCCGCGCAGUGAAGUUGUUCCUUUCUGGGGAUACUGCUGAUGGUGGUUGCCAGCUUGUCAUAAAACUCGUUCUUGGUGUCCAGUGUGGCAGAGAGUGUCGGGGCAUACAUACUGACGAAGGUGACAGGACCUGCGGUGCUGCUGAGGUGGAGAGUAAGGAGUCUCUCGGAGCCGUUGUUUCUACAGUAUUCAGCAGGCUGUUCCUCACUGCGAAGCACACCCUGUGUUGGCCUGGUUCUUCGGGGCUCUUCUCCCUGCACCCAAUGAAGACGGCAGACCGUGGCGGAACAACACCUCACUGGCUGGGCGCUGCGAUCUUAAAAUUUCUCCCACCGACGAGAACGACCCCUGGAGAUGGGCUCUACGCCAAUCGAGUGGUAGCUUAUAACCGGUAA